AUGGUAGACGAAAAAGAACGCGUGAUGCGUUUGCGAGAUCGUGAUAUUACCAAGCGAACCACAGUCGUGUCACAAAUUCGAGGUAUCCAUGCCCUCGGUGUACGCGCAUUAUCGGAUCCGGCUUUGGUUUCUGACUUCAAGCAUGCAGCAGUUGAUCUCGAUGCAUUGUGGAUCCAGUUCCGGGCAGAAGACGAUUCCGUGCUAAAUCAUCUCAUUGAGUUAGGCGAGCUCGAAGACUAUUCUCCGGAAUUGCCAGGGGAAGUGCGUAACCUCAUAACUACGUCGAAGUCCAUUAUCAGUCAGCUCACACCAUCUGGCGCUGAGGCCAUCGACCUGUCUUAUAUUAAUAAUCGGGUUGGUAAGCAUCAAGACGCUGGUCAUCAGGCCGGUUUAUCAUCGUCGUGCACCUCCAUUCCAUCAUCUCGUUUACCCGAAAUACCAUUGCCUAUAUAUGAAGGUGAUUUUCACCAGUGGCCUACAUUUCGCGAUCAAUUCCGCGCGAAUGUCGAUUCAAGGUCCAUACCUAAGGCGGACAAAAUGUAUUAUUUAGUUGGUUGCUUGCGCGGGGUGGCUUCUGAUGCCAUACGUGGCAUACCCAUGUCCGAGGACAACUAUGACCUGGCUUGGUCAACAAUUGAACACCGGUUUAAUAGACCACGACUAGUCGCCAUGUCAUUAAUUGACAAACUGUUCCAAUUACCCGUGUCCACUCAAGAGUCAUUGACAGACCUGAAUACAUUUGUCAGUAAAUUCAGCGAAGGCCUCUCCCUAUUAAAAUCACUAAAUAUUCCAGAUUUGGGAUCUUUCGUACUGUUUUCAAUGGCGUUUCGCUGUUUACCAAUCGCGACUCGGGAACUGUUCGAAACUACCGUCACGAGUCAGGGCGACUAUCCGACUAUUGAUGAACUACUGGCGUGCGUUCAGUCUCGAGUGUCAACGUUGGAAAUAAUUGGUGAUUCGAAACCAGGAACCGCUAGUUCACAGCCGAAGUCGUCUCAUCCGUCGAACCGUAAGGGAGGUCGUCCCAGUCAUUCUGGAUAUCAACAUGCUGCGUCGUUGCUCACAACGAAGCCUGAAAGAUCUUGUCCAUGUUGCAAGGCAAGUCAUAGUUUGGACUCCUGCAGCCAAUUUUUAUCGUGGGCAAUUGAUGAACGAAGUAAAUGGAUGCGUGAUCAAAGCUUGUGUUUCAACUGCUUCAGCGAUUCCCACUGGUCUAACAAAUGUCGGUCAAAACCAAGUUGCAAGCAGUGCUCUCGGAAUCAUCACACUUUGUUACACAUGGGUGGACGCAACACCAAGGACAAGGUUCCCGAACCCAAAGCUAAAUCAUCCUUGUGUGCAUCUCAACAGAUGCCCGCGGCUUCGACAUCAUGUUCAGUGAUGCUGGGGACAGCGCUUGUCCACGUGCGCGACCGUUCCGGCACGUGGCAGACGAUGCGUGCACUAGUUGAUUGUGCUUCACAAAUAAGUGCUGUUACGGUAUCAUGUGCGGAUCGCCUUGGUCUAAAACGCACUCGCUGGACUGCGCCUGUAACUGUUCUAGCUGGGCAUCCUGUUACUAGUGUAAUGGGUCGAAUUGAUUGCAUUGUCCAGCCCCGGUUUGCACCGGAACCAUCGCUGUCCAUCCAGGCUUGGGUAUUGCCGUCCAUCACCGGAGAUAUGCCCCACAAAACAUUGAAUUCUACUAUUAAGGAUAAGUUCUCAAAUCUUGCCUUGGCUGACCCUACAUUCCACGUCGCAUCAAGUGUGGAUAUGCUGUUGGGUGCUGACGUAUACGCCACCAUUAUGAAUGGCCAUAAAAUUGAAAUUGACUCCUCUCUGCCUUCGGCAUUCAAUUCGGUAUUUGGCUGGAUAUUAAUUGGUCCUGUUCCAUAUACCAACGUCGAGCCAGUUCAUGCGCUCCCGGUAUCGCUGACCAUAUCAAUUGAGGAGCAGAUGAACAAAUUCUGGGACAUUGAAGAACCUGAAACGGCUCCAGAUGCGUUUUCAGAUGAAGGAAAGUGUGAGUCCAUAUUCAGGAAUGAAUGUGUGCGGCUACCAUCUGGCCGUUUUUCUGUUCCUCUACCGUUCCGAGUCCCUGUUUUGCCAACAACAUUUGCUGGUUCUCGUUCAAUGGCAGUCAAGCGUUUUGAGUCACUGGAGAGGAAGCUAUUGUCUAAUCCACAGCUGCAGACAUUAUACGCAAAUUUCAUGGACGACUAUUUGGCGUUAGGCCAUAUGUCGGUCGCACCCACACCCGGUCAUUAUUUUGUCCCUCAUCAUGCAAUUUACAAAGCAGAUGAUGGUGACGCCAAGAUACGUGUGGUGUUUGACGCGUCUGCGCGAUGUUCAGCCGGACCGUCAUUGAACAGUUGUCUGCUUCCAGGGAAGAAGCUACAACAGGACAUAAUCGAUGUCCUAACGCGAUUUCGCAUUUACCCACAUGCGUUCACGGCGGACAUCUGCAAGAUGUACCGUCAAAUCCAGGUGCUACCAGAGUACCGCAAGUACCAGCAUAUUCUGUGGCGGUCAUCUCCACAUGACCAGCUUGUCGAAUACCAGUUAAAUACCGUCACGUAUGGAGUGACAUGUGCUCCUUUCUUGGCCAUACGCGUGCUUCAGUCAAUUGCUGAAACCGAUUGCACCGACGCCGAUCAUGUCCGUGACGCCUUGCUGUACCAGACAUACGUCGACGACAUCUGCGUAGGAGCGGAUUCAGUUGAAGGUGCUUUGGAGCUCCAAUCGUCCUUACGACGUAUUCUCGCAAAAUCUGGGCUUGAACUUAAAAAAUGGUCGAGCAACACUCAUGACAUUUUGUCAUCCGUGCCGGCAGCUGAUCGGGUAAGCACGCCGUUACCAUUCCACGAUUCCGAAGACGGAGGAACAAAGGUACUCGGAUUGCAAUGGAACCCCAACGAUGAUUUUUUCAGCUGUGCGUUGCGAUUUCAACCAUCUCCAAUAUUCACUAAACGUGGCGUGCUGUCAAUGGUGGCCAGAAUAUUUGACCCGUUGGGGUUAUUUGGCCCUACAAUUUUUUGGGCAUAA